CCAUCACUAGCCAUGCUACACCAUCAAUUGUAUCCCACGCCCAGCUACACCUCACAACACCUUUCCUCAGUCUCUCUCAAGUUCCCAACUCCUAGUUACUAUCCAAUACUUCUUAUAACUUGAUUUUAUUUGAUUUAUUUUUAAAAAUAUCUCAAAAUUUAAAAAAUUUUUAUUUCUCAUAAAAUUUUAACUUUUAAGUGAAAUUUCAAAAAUUUUCAGUUUUAAGGGACUUAAUCGUGAUAAAGAUUAAAAUGAAGGACUAAAGUGUCAGGAAGAUGAAACUUAUGAACUAAAUCACAAAAAAAAAAUCCUAAACGAAGUCGCUUUGGUGCAGGGCGAAAAACAAAUAUGCCCGCUUGUAGAGGAUGGGUGGCCGCGGGCGGCAAGGGCAGAGACCAGAGGGGAUUCCUUCCUCCUCCUUCCUCCCUCAUUCAUCACUUCUCCUUUCCAUCCCAUGUGAGAAAAACUCAUCCCCUACUUCCACCGCCCUUUUCCUCCUAUCAGGUUGCAAGGUUUGGAGACACAUCAGCUGUUCAUUUCCUACAUCUCACGCGCUUGGAUCAACUUGCAGGCUGCAGGGAAUCUAGGGGGUGUAGGUAGGCGGCAGAUCGAGGGUGAAGAACAGUUGAGAUUGAGAGAAGGUAAUAGGAUGACUGGGGCUCUGUUUCAACCUCCUCGGAUUUUGCCUAUAAAAGAAGGUUUUCGGGGAGCAGAAGGGGGGAACGAAGAGGAGAAGAAGAAGGCAAACGAAGAAAAAAAACAUAGAGCGUGAAAAAAGGAUUCUGUAAGUUCAGAGAGUACUGGAAUUUUCGGGUUUGAGGAAUCCAAGGCAAAAGGCAAGUUCGAAUUUGGUUUCGGGAUCUGAACGUUAUUGCCGACUUUAGGGAUUUUCAGCUUCAGUUCAUUUUAUGUAAAUCACAUAUUGAUAUUGGAUUAGAAAUCGAGUUUGUUGUUAAAUUUAUUGUAAUUUUAUAUUGAAAUUG